AUGGCCGGUGUGUUCGUGGCCCGUCGUCGCAAGAACAGCCCAUCCCCCGUGCCAUCGCCCCCCAUUCUGGUCUACCCACCCCAUGACGUAACGGCCCCAUGUUACACGACGAAGGAGAUAAACUUUUCGCUGCCCUCCCUGCGUUCGACAUCUUUGGGAGAGUUACGUGACGUCAGCGGCCUGCCGGGUGACGUGCUCUGCCCGCCCACGCCCACGCAGUUCCGAUCGAAUUCUUUCACGAAUACAACGGAUUUGGGCGUACUCGACCCAUCGCUGUACAAGUCGGACUGUCUCGACGUUGAUCAUAUGUGGCCCGAGGGACAUGUGGGUCGUGUAUGGUUUACCGUGAAAUACGAGUCAGCUACCGAAAGGUUUCAAGUGCACAUAAUCAAGGUGAAACACUUGCCAUCGCGCACCCCGGCAUUGGCCAACGCAUGCGACCCUUACAUCAAGAUACAACUGAUGCCAGAUGAAAGGCGUGUGCUUCAGACUAAACAAAAGAAAAAGUCAUGCAAUCCAUUCUUCGACGAAACUUUUAUUUAUCAUAUACCACCAGGGAAACUGGAUUCCCUCACUCUCAAGUUAUCAGUGCUGGAUGCGGGCCGUAUCGGAAAAUUCAAGCAGCUUAUCGGCCACAUCAUAUUACCGCUCAGCGAACUAGAGGGUGUUGCGUCUGACGAAGAACCGCAAUUAUACAAACUGGAUAUCGAAAAGGAACUACAAGAACCCACUUCAGAUUUGGGCGAGAUGUUAGUGUCCUUGGUUUACAAUGAAAACUUAAACCGGCUCUCCGUUACUGUAAUUGAAGCUCGGGGGUUAAAGCUGGACCCAUCAUCAUCACGACGUGAGGUAGUGGCUCGAGUAACCCAAGAGAGGGCUUGCCGUGGGGUGCGCGCGCGCCGAACAGCUGCCGUCGAGGUGUCGGAAGAGGGCGCUGCACUUAUCACCGAAUGCUUUCACUUUAGACUGAGCGCCGACGAGUUGCACACGACAUGCGUUACCAUACAAGCCCUACAACCGCAUUCGGUGUACGCUAAAGAUCGAUUACUAGGGAAGUUUGUAUUAGGCUCGUAUAUGUUCGCAAGAGGGCGUGCGCUUCAGCAUUGGAACUCAGCACUAGCCAGUCCAAUGGAACAAGUGAAGCAUUGGCAUCCAUUGACAAACUAAACCCGUCGACUUAUGCCAAACUUACGUAUAAUAUACAACUAUAUUUAAUAUAUUAAAUGUACG